AGUCGUGAGCGGAAGUCUAAACUUCGGCUGAGUUUGAACGCGGAGGAACGUGACUUCCGUGAUGAAGUGAGCUAUAAAUGUCUCGAACAGCGUCAGUUUGAAGCGCUUCGGUCAACCAAUAGUCAGGCUGAGAAGUGUGUGGGUCCAUGAGGAAACUGGAGUAUAAACUUCUCUCGGAACAGCAUGAGUCUACGAGAGAUCAGCGAGAACGUGAAGCUGGCUCGAGAGUAUGCUUUACUUGGAAACUACAGCUCAGCCAGUGUUCUCUACCAUGGGCUGCUGGAACAGAUCAAGAAAUAUAUGUACACUGUGCUGGACAGCAGCGUUCAGCAGAGAUGGCAGCAGCUGUGGCAAGAGAUUAAUGAAGAGAACCGACAGGUUCAGGACAUAAUGUCGACCCUGAAGAGCUUUCAGCUGGACACAGCACCCGCUAAACCCGCUAACCAUGAUGAUUUUGAAAUGAGGCCAGCGCAUGUGGAACCAAGACAUUCUCCUGGUCCCGUCAGGCGUUCUAACUUUCAUAAGGAGAGUAAACCUUUAAACAACCGGCUGAGUGCAGCUGUGAGGCCCCAUCAGAAGCAGUCACCGCGAGGGGCCAACGGGGACAGAAGCAGGGUCUCCAAGGGCAAAGAAAAGAAGGAAUCAAAGGAGGGGAAGGAAGCUGCUGCCAAAGCAAAGGAUGACAAGGAGAAAGAAGUGAAAAAGUUUGAUGGAACAGGAUAUGACAAAGACCUGGUGGAAGCACUAGAGAGAGACAUUAUAUCUCAGAAUCCAAAUGUAAAAUGGGAUGACAUUGCUGAUUUGGAAGAUGCCAAGAAACUCCUGAAAGAAGCGGUCGUGCUUCCGAUGUGGAUGCCAGCUUUCUUCAAAGGCAUCAGGAGACCAUGGAAGGGAGUGCUGAUGGUUGGGCCUCCUGGCACGGGGAAGACUCUUUUGGCCAAGGCAGUAGCUACUGAAUGCAGGACUACUUUUUUCAACGUGUCCUCAUCUACUCUAACCUCGAAGUACCGAGGAGAGUCUGAGAAGCUGGUUCGCCUUCUUUUUGAAAUGGCACGCUAUUAUGCUCCCACAACAAUCUUCAUCGAUGAAAUCGACUCCAUGUGCAGCCGCAGAGGAACUUCAGAGGAACAUGAGGCCAGUAGAAGGGUCAAGGCAGAACUGCUGGUCCAAAUGGAUGGGGUGGGCGGAGCUUCAGAGAACGAUGAUCCAUCAAAGAUGGUGAUGGUGCUUGCUGCUACCAACUUCCCCUGGGACAUUGACGAGGCCCUGAGGAGACGGCUGGAGAAGAGGAUUUACAUCCCUCUGCCUUCAAUUAAGGGGCGAGUGGAGAUGCUCCGGAUCAACCUGAAGGAGCUGGAGCUGGCCAGUGACGUGGACCUGGACAAGAUCGCAGAGCAGCUGGAGGGUUACUCCGGAGCUGACAUCACUAAUGUGUGCAGAGAUGCUUCUCUGAUGGCGAUGAGGCGCAGGAUCGAGGGUCUCACCCCAGAGGAGAUCCGUAACCUUUCCCGCGACGAGAUGCACAUGCCAACCACCAUGGAGGACUUUGAGUCAGCUCUGAAGAAAGUCUCCAAGUCUGUCUCAGCUGCUGACCUGGAGAAGUACGAGAAGUGGAUUGAAGAGUUUGGAUCCUGCUGAGAAGAAUGUGUAAAGAGUUCUUUUAGUGACUUUUUUGCUGAACUGUUUCUGAGUCAGUCUGGAUGGAUGUUUGUAACAUGAGGUAAAUUUCACAUAGCUGCACUUCUUUUGUACAUAAUGGUCAGUCUCAGUGUGAACUUUAGACUGGCCUCUUAAGCUUGCAGCAACAUGUUUUAUUCAGUAGCAAAACUGUUUCUAGUUUCAUCUUUGUACAGAUCUGUCAGUGAAUUAACUGACAGCCAAUCACAUUACUUGUUUUCAAUUUCACUUUGUUUUUUGAGACCAUUUCCAUUUUGUGUUUUAGACCAUGUCCAUUUCUAUCAAUGCAACACUAAAAAUGUUCCUAUAAAUGUAUACCUUAUUGUUGAACUAAAUGUAAGAGGCACUUUAUCUAGUCAUUUUUCCAUGCCAUCUUAAUAUCCCCCUGGUUUAGGUGUGUUGGAAGGACCAACUUCAUUUGGCCCGUGACGUUCUUGGACUAGUGAUGCUGUAGUUCUUGCAUUUAAAAAGUCUGUCCAUCUACCAGUGGGUAGUUAGUGUAUAUCUUAUCCAGUUAAAACUGGUUUAGACUGAAAGCACGUUGCAUAUAGUUUUGGCCCAUCCAAAUCUUAGAAAACGCAUCCUAAAAGUCCAAUCAUUGUAAGGUUGUCUAGGGAAACCAGUCCAUACAUGCAAACAGUGCGACGAUGGAAAAGAAACGCUCGACUUUUAACAGGAAAAGCCACCAGCAGAACCAGGGUCGCAUUGAGAGUCCAUUUCUAUGGACCAGCUGGGAGUUUUGAGGACAGGAAAGAUGAUCACAGAAGCAUUGGGUCAGAUGUUCUUUCUAUUGGAAUUAAAACAGAACAAAAAGUUGACGGUUUCAACAGCAAAUACAGGUUCAUUUCAAUAAACUGGAAUAUCAUAGAAAUUUCAA